UUGCUAUUCUUGCAUGUUUUCCAGUGGAUGAUCUUCAAAUAUUUUGUGUUCUAUUUCAACCCGCCCUCUUAACCCCAAGAUGCAGCAAAGUCUCAAAUUAGGAAUCAAACCUAGAAUCGUAUUAUAGCGCCGAUAUUUGUGGGACUAGUCAUGUGGAGAACGCGUCUUGAGUCCGCGUCUGUUUUUACGCGUAUAGCGUGAGUACCAAGCAUAGCGCAUAAGUAUACAAUUAUAACUCUAUGGUCGCUGGCUUUAAACAAUCGCUAUCCUCAUGAAAUUGUAAAAACAAGUGAUGCAGAACCUGUUGCUACAACCUCAAAACACAGUUGCUGACAAGCUGCACGGAUGCGAACGGGAACGCUCGUAAUUUUUUGCUGAUGCCUUCCACUGACUUAGAUGAUGACAUGUAUCCCGGGCUAUGAACUUCUCAGAGCCUCCCUAGACACAAAUGAAGACGAUAGUGAUGAUGAACUGUGUCUUUUCUCCAAGCGUCUUGAAGUGAGCGCGUUCAAGCAUCCUUUGGACGGCGAGGAAAAUGGCUCUCAGUUUAUGGAUGAGGAUGUCAUCUGCUUUACAAUUGAAGAGAAGGUUUUUAUCCCAGUGAAUUUCCGUCAAAGGUGGAGUCGGGCGGCAUUUAGCGUUGCGAUUAUUGCGAUUGUUGUAACUCUCUCGAUUAGCAUAUGGUCUUUCGUGGCUUCCGGGCAAACUUCAAGCUCUGCGAUUUUCUCCUGCGGUUUCGAUGCCCUGUUAGAAGCGUUUAGUACUCUCAUAGUCAUCUGGAGGUUUAAAGAUCUCAGAAGCGAAGAUGGCGGUGCAGAAAAGGAAAGACUAGCGACACUACUAAUUGCAUUUACAUUUUUAAUUACGGGAACAGCUACUCUGAGUGCCUCUACUGUGCACUUUUUCUUCAAAGAUCAUCCAAAUCAAACAGAACGCCUCCUUUCAAUAUUGCUGUUUAGUGGUAUUUCACAUCUUCUAUUAGCUAGCAUAUUUUACUAUAUCGCCAAAAAGCUGCAUAGCUCUACGCUAAAGGCAGAAGUUAUGAAUAACGUGUUGUCUGUAGCAAUGAGCGUUGGGAUUCUAGCAUCUACGAUGAUUUACCGAGCUCACAAACCAAGCAUGUGGUGGCUUGAUCACUCUGUUGCUAUCGUGAUUGGCUUGACCGCGUUGCUUUACGGGGUGAAAUUGAUUGUGCUAGACGUUGAGCAAUGCGGGGAGGUGGUUUGCGGGGGUGGCAUCAAGGGGGAACCUUUGUAUGAGGAAGAGUUAGAGCCUCUCACAUUCUUCAAGGAAAUUUGAUAGAAGUCAUCAGACAAACAUGAACAAUAAUGUGCGAGUCUCGCAAAUAGUAAGGGUAAACUUAUCCCUCUUUUGAUUCAAAAUUUCACUUGUUCUAGUAAUCGACUGUGAGCCUUGAGCGAAGGAAAUUUGAACGAGCAUAAGCAGAUAUCUUGUGACGGUCUCGUGAUCCGAUUAACACCCCGUUUUCAUUCAAAAUUUGACUUGUUUUUAUAACCCACGUUUGUUGUUUGAAAGUCAUCACGACUUUCAUCCCCGAUGAAACUAUGCAUUACGCAUAGUUUGAAUAGUAUUCGGAGGUGUAUUAAUAAGUGAAACUCAGUCAAGAGUAUCUUCCAUUUGGCCUAGUAAAUGGAUGAACGAG